UUUUGUUAACAAAUCUAUAAAAAUCUUUAUUUUUUACAUUAAUUACGUGAGUAAGUCAGAUUUAUCAAUCAAUUCAAAUUUGUCAUGCCUUUUCAGAAAUUUCUAAAAUUGUGCAGUUGCCCAAAUCUUAUACUCAGGGCCUGUCUGCUGCUUCUAAUAAUCAUAACGUUAGGCCUGAAUGUCAUGGAAAUAGUACACAAUAUAAGAACCGUGGAGCUUGAAAUCAAUAAGCCUUUUCUAGUCAUAAACUUAGCAGCGAGCUUCAUUAUUUCCAUUUUCUUGGCAUUAGGUUUUUAUGGUGCUGUUUGUAAAAGGAUAGGAUUAACAAAAUUGCUUUUAUUCAGUUUGAUAAUCUUCUGCAUCGUGAAGGUGAUUUUUUGGAUUGUGUGUGGAAAUCUGGAAAGUCAGUUGAGCGAAAACAUCGCUAACUCUUGGUACCAGCUCACUACGGCAUUUGCAGUAGCCUGUGCCAUUACGGCAGCUGUAUUUUAUAUGCGGCUGCACGAUGAUUCUCGGCAGUUUCAACAUGACUUUUGAUCCUUGUGAAAACAUAAAGGUUUUAAAUAAAAUGGAGUGUGGAAUUUUAAAAAAAUAACCUUGCUCCUAUUUUGAUGUACAGACAA